UUCUGUUGGUCUGCAUGUGUUUUUAAAGCUAUUACGGUAAACAUUAACGGGGCAGCCGUUUCGCCGGUGGAGUAGUUGCCGCCACUUGGACGCUAUUGAGGGCGCUGUAGUGAGCUAAGCCUUGCGGUGCUGGGACGGUUCGCUGCGAUGGAGAACAUGUACUGACCGGAUUUGGAAUUGUUUUCUCUUGGAUUACUCCCUGUUAAACCAACCCGGUUUGUUUCCCCCCGUUGACAUUCUCUCGGUUCCUCUGCUUGUGUGGAAGUAGUAAAUACUUUGAAAUAUGCCUGGAAAAACCAAGUAUAACCUCGUUGAUGAUGGACAUGAUCUGAGGAUCCCGUUGCACAACGAGGAAGCGUUCCAACAUGGGAUCAACUUCGAGGCAAAGUACAUCGGCAGCCUGGAUGUGGCGCGGCCGAGCAGCCGAGUGGAGAUCGUGGCUGCGAUGAGAAGAAUACGAUAUGAGUUCAAGGUGAAAAACAUCAAGAAGAAAAAAGUCCACAUCGUGGUGUCUGUAGACGGUGUGAAGGUCGCCUUGAGGAAAAAGAAAAAAAAGAAGGAGUGGACAUGGGAUGAGAGCAAGAUGAUGGUGAUGCAGGAUCCCAUUUACAGGAUAUUCUAUGUGUCUCAUGACUCCCAGGAUCUGAAGAUCUUCAGUUACAUCGCCAGAGACGGACAGAGCAAUGUCUUCCGCUGUAACGUCUUCAAGUCCAAGAAGAAGAGUCAGGCCAUGCGUAUCGUCCGAACAGUUGGCCAGGCCUUCGAGGUUUGUCAUAAGCUGAGUCUGCAGCACACGCAGCAGAACGCGGACGGACAGGAGGACUGCCACAGUGAGAAGAACGGCAACGACUCCUCCAUCACAGGUGUGCGUGCUUAUCCACCUGUAUGUGUGUGUACUUUCCUCGGCUCAGCUCGGGAGCUAACAGGCGCAGAGAAGACUGCGACCGUCGCUGAGGAGACGGACAUUGAUGCAGAAGAGGUGAGCCAGGUGGCAGCGGUGGUAGCAGCGGAGGAGUUGAACGUCAACAGAGGAGUGACUGAUCUGGACGCCACAGCCAAGACACCUGAUCUAAACCACACAGAGAACAAGGCUUCAGAGGAGGCCUCUCUGCUGAUGUCGAGCCCCAGGAUGCUGCUCCCUGCAUCGGGCGCACUGCCACCAGGUGCCCCCCUGUCUGUCCACCACCAGAUCCAACUGCUCCAGCAGCAGCUCCAGCAGCAACAGCAGCAGACGCAAGUGGCUGUAGCACAGGUCCACCUGUUGAAGGACCAGCUGAGCGCAGAGGCCACAGCUCGGCUCGAGGCCCAGGCUCGAGUCCAUCAGCUGCUGCUGCAGAACAAAGACCUGCUGCAGCACAUCUCCCUGCUGGUUAAACAGAUCCAGGAGCUGGAGACCAAGAUGUCUGGACCGAACUCAAUGGGCUCCCAGGACAGUUUGUUGGAGAUCACCUUCCGGUCUACAGUCCCUCCAGUGAUCUGUGACCCCACGACCCCUAAACCCGAGGUGUCGGCCCUCAACCUUCCUGCGUUAACCAGCGGUGACGGGACCAGCAAUGCCUUCUCAUCUUCCAACGGGACUCUUGGAAGCCCCCUAGUUGAUCAAAGUAUGUUUGAGAACUCCAUUGCCCAGCAGCAGAGUCCCCAGAUUUCCAGGCCAGGCCAGCCGUCGGCCCGACGCUCCCCAGCAUCAGCUAAUCCUAACCUGGGGUCCAGCUCCGUUGACUCUCCAUCCUCCGGAGGUCAACAGAGGCUGAAAAAUGCCAUUAACCUGGGCAAGGCUGUCGGGGCAAAGGUGAAUGACUUGUUAAGGCGAAAGGAGCCCAGCCACCUCGGGGACAUUGGGGUCACUGAGGUCAACAAAAACGUUGGUGCCGUGUGGAGCUGCAUGGACCAACUCAACCAGACUAACAGCCACAUCUCCUCCUUCGACUCCUUCCCUCGGCUGGACCCACCACCCCCAUCCGGGAAGAAGCGCCUCCCUCGAGCACUGAAGACCACCCAGGACAUGAUGAUCUCCUCGGACCCAGUGGUCUCUUCUCCGGACACUCCAGACUCUUCCUCAAUCCUCUCUUCCCCGGAAAAGACGCCCCUGAUCGCGAAGGAGGAGCAGCAGCGGGGCGAGAAGGAGGAAGAGGGGUCGACGGAUGUCACGUUGCCGCUGAGCGACGCAGAGAAGAAAGUGGCUGCUCAACCAGAGACGACGGGGAGCAACAGCAAGGUGGAUGGAGAGAUAGGUGGAGAAGAUGACAUGGAAGACAGAGGCACUGAUGGAGACGUGGAGGAGCAUCAGCCUCAGCUCCAGCUCUCUGUACCAGACCUCAUCAACAAAGAUCCCCCUCUGCUGGAGCCCAGAGCCAAACCCUGCAACAUCUGGGAGAAGGCAUCAGGGCCGGACUCCCGGCUUGCCUCCACCCCCUGCUCGGGGAAGACUCCCUGUCGCAUCAGCCUGGGCGAGGAGGUCCUGGUGGGGAACGGCACCACGUGCAGUAAAGACACCGCAGGGAGCGCCGAAGACACAGAGCCCCACCCAGACCUGCUGUCCUUUGAGUAACGAGCAGAGCCAGGGUCCAGAAACCAUUUCAGUAUGAUUCAAAAAGUUUGGAACUUUUUCUCUUAAUUUCUACUCAAGAGGCUUCAAAUGUCUGUGGCAGUAAUUCAAACAGACUGUGGAUCAAAUAUUCACUGCCACUUUUUAAAUAUAUAACUCACCCUGCUCUGGGCUGUGCUGUAGGGAAAGGGAGCGAGUGGUUCUCGGAGCCAGAGCGAGGGCCCAAUCUGUUGCUUUUUUAACUUUUCAGCAGCUUUUGACGAGUGUGGACGAGUUUAAAGGUCAUGCUAGUAAAAUCAGGCCCUCCAGCUUGGCUGAUCUAUGGUCAGUCAGACACUACAAGCUUCUUCUUAAUGAAUAAAAAUGAGACGGACCAGCACUGGAUGAUGGAUAAGAAGGAGAGAGAAGAUGGGUUGAACUUGAGGAUUCAUUUUAGUGCAGUUAAAGUUCAGAUUUUUUUAUCACUUUAAUAACACGUCAUGUCUGCUUAAGUAAGGGCAGAUAAUGUAAUAAUGAAUGUAAUUAGUGUCAUGAAAUGUCCCUUUAAAUGGGCUGCAAAUGUCAAAGUACUGGUGAGCAUAAAAAACUUCUAAGAUAUAAGUUAUUAAGCAAUUAAUUACAAGACCAUCACAUUUUGAAUCCAUAUAAAGGGACAUUUUGUUACGUGUUAGUCAUAAAUUCAUAUUAUACAAAAGCUGCUACAGUCAGAAACUGCAACUAAUAUGACAACCAGAAUUACUGUAGAUGACAGAAUGAGAGGAAAUUGUUUGAAAACAGAAUGCAGGCUCAGGAAGGAGAAGAAGAAGAAGGAAACGAGUGAGAGAGGCUGAACGAUUGUGGAUGUGUUGGAGAAGGCGAGGUUUGGGGGAAGUUCACUUUGAUUUCAGUCAGUACAGAAUAUCAAGCAGCCAUUUCUGCCAGAUUCUUGUCAGGACUGGAAGGCUUUUGACCCUUGGCUUUAUCCAUAUUAAAUCAUCUCUUAUGCUCUUUUGGUCCAUUUGGAGUUGCAGCAACACCAACAGAGCUUGUCCCCUCCCACACUGACCUCUGGCACCCAGUGCAACCCUGAGAGUGACCUUUUAAAGCUGGAAAUCUCACUGGCUGAACUGAAAGUGGAUUUUUAUCAUCCCCCCUAAAAACCUGAGGGAGCGUCAUGAUGAGCGGAUGGAGAAGCGGCAUGUGGAGGGCGGGCAGGUGGAAAGUUGUUUUUGAGCAAAAGAUAAUUAGUUGUCAUCAGAAAAAAAGAUGAAAGAGGUGUGUUUUAUUCAAGCAGAUCGUUAAGUGACAGACCAAAGAUGCAAAUUAGUGGCUCAGUCAGACAGGUAAUUUUUGUCACAUUGUUUUAACAGAGCUGUCUGAGUGUGAAAAGAAGCAAUAAUUCACACAGAAGAGACUUUUCUCCUUUAUUUUCACCUCGUCUAGGAAUGAGAAGGUGAAAACCAAAGUCAAAGCUUUUUUAACAUUUUAAUAUCGGUUCAUAUACUUGUUUUAAAUCUCCUGACUUUUCUGACCCAGCAGAGAGAGACUGUGUCAGGUGUGUUCAGCAGGUUAAAGAUCAGCUUGUGGAUCAGGAGGAGCACGAUCGAGCUGCAGUGGUUGUUUGAGCACAAUCAAAGUGGAGAUCAGUAUUUUUCUAACACUAUUAUCUGUAGAUCUGAUCCGUGCGACUGGAUUAAGAUCCCAAAUCCCAGACCUGAAAAUGACUGGCAGGCGGCUUCCAUAAAUGACCACUGUGCAGGGAUUUCCUGACCUCAGAAAAUAGCACAAAAAAAAAAAAACUAUUCCCAGAAGAGAGUGAAGCGGACACAGAGCCAGCUGUAGCUGUGGUCAGGUCAUGCCCAGCAGAAUGAGAGGAAUGUGGAGCUGGACUCUGUCAGAGAAAAGAAGCCUUGUCUCUGUCUCCUGUCUCACUGACAUAAAGAUCCCCAUUUAUUUUAAAGCUGUCACUGAUGUCUGGUGUCACCCACAAGACAAACCAUUAAAUCAGUUAAGCCAAAUUACAAAAAAUAAUUUUCCCAAUUUGUUUUAUCUUGAACUCCACAGACUUUUUAUGGACAGUUUUUCCUUUUUUGUCUGUUUUAUUUUUAAUCAGUUUGAAGUUCUUUGAAAAGAACUCUCUUUGUGGAAGCACUUGCUGCUGUUGAGUUUUUUCAAAUGUGUUUUUUCGAGGAUCACAAACAGAAUUAUAUUCAUUGUUUUGGGGUGGGAAGUUUUUUCGGACAUCUCCAAAACAAAACAGUUUGCAUGGCUGGAUAACUUUUUGGGCAAAUGGAAACAACAAAUAAACCUAUUGGACCUAAUGUUAUGAAAAGGAAUGAGAGAAUAUAUUUGACCUUUACUGAAAUUGUCCAGAUAGUUCACAAAGUGCAACACUGCUCAUCAAAACACUUGAAAAUGAGACCAAAACUUCAAUCAGUCACAAAAAUUGAAAACAGGACAUAAUUUUAAAAACCUUUCUUUUUAUGUUUUUUAUGCUUCAGUUGUGUUUGUGUUUUAAAAUCUAUCUAGAAUAUCACUGACUCCCCAUGAAAACCUGUGUUCAAAGUAUAUUUUAUUUCUCUAUAAGUUUUGUGACUAAAUGUGCACCAAUCCAACUUAAAGUUUCAUCAGGUCUGUGUGGGUGUGGUUUGAUCACGUGAUUGACAGUAGCCUAGCAACAUUAGCGAACAAGCCACCGACUCUCAUUACAUUUCAAUUUACAUACAUUUUUUUGUUUUAAGUUAUUUUUUGGGGACCUUUUUAUGCCUUUGCAUUUGAUAAGACAGUGAAUAUAGACAGGAAAUGUGCAGGGGAAUGAGCAAAGACUCCAACCAGACAGGAGUCGAACCCAGGACUCGCUGCUUAGGGCAUUUGGCAUGUGGUUUGCACUCUGAUUGCCCCCCCUCAUAUAUAUGACAUAAAGUAUUCUCAGCUGAGCUCUGCUCACUUUAAACCAGUGAGAGAAGCUCAGAGAAACAAAUACAGAAAUCUCUCAUGUGAAACAACCACAAGUGUCUGAACUUUAGCAGAAGAUGUUGUGUUCAUGUGUGACCCAUCAUUUACAAUAAUAAGCUAAUUGAGAUAAUAUGUUUUAAUUUAAGGCAACACUAAGGUUUCUUUUCGGAGUUCAAACCAAACACACACACCAUCAGACUGAUGGCAGCUGCUUGAAUUGAUUCAGAAGGUGAAAGUAAUAAGAUGCUAAAUGGCUUUAGACAGUCUGGAAAACAUGUCAUUGAAAAGCAGCUGAAGGCAUUUUUUAAAAAAGAACAGCCAGAGCAGCUUUAGAAAGUUCUAAUUUUACUUUAUAAAUACCACUUAACUACAUUUCUGUUGUAUUGUCUGAUGAAGGAACAGCGGUGUAUAUUUUAGGGAAAUAUUCUGUCGCUUUUUUUUCUUUUUUUACAAUAUCUGUGAAUAUGCAAAUUAUCUCUUGCUCUAACAAAUGAAGGAAAGUGAUUUAUUUUGAUAUUCAGGCAUAGAAUCUAGUCAUGGCAACAAUCUGUUCUGUAGCUGCCUCCGAAUCUGAUUAAAGAAAACAUGAUUUCUGCUUUCUAUUUUUAUGCUGUUCAAUCUUGUUUUUGUUUUUCUCUGUGUAAAGCCAGUCAACAUAAUUUCAGCGAUGAUGAUGAUGAUGAUGAUGAUGAUGAUGAUGAUGAUGAAGAAUGAAGGAAGCUAAAUGCUGCACAUGAAGGUUUUUUUUAAGCAAACCUGGGACUUUUUUAUUCAUUGUAUCUUCACACUGCUGCAAAUUAAGUGAAUGUUUUAUGUGAUGAAAAUAUGCUACAAAAAUCAAAAUGAAUCAGUGAUUAUUACCUUAUAUUUUCCUAUUGUAUCUUUUAUAAAGUGGGGAUGUAAUAACUCUUGUAAUCUUUUAAACAAAAAAACUGGAAAUAGACCUGAUCGUGACCUUC